AUGGUUCGACUGAACAGCUGCCAUGGCAAUGAGUUCAACCCACUCUUCCGGAGCGACAUGGGCUCGGAGUCCGAGGGCAGCGACGGGAGCGAGGAUGACGGUGGAGAGGAAGGCGAGGAUGAAGAGCCCGAUCCCGACGAUCCGGAGCCUCUCGAAGACCUGGAUGGAGCCUUCGCCGAUGCGAGAGACUGCUGGAAGAUCGAUGCGGAGACUCUGAAAGGCUUCUACCUCCACAGCCCUACUGGCCAGCUUUUCAGCUGGGAUCAGGCGCAAGGCGUCCUCUACGAGUACCUCCGUGAAUCGGGUGAGUGCAAACCCAUCUGGGCAGCUGGUGCUCCACACAUGAGUGCCGAAAUUUGGACAGUCCUCCCGCUACCGCCAACAGAUCCUGCCAGUCUACAGAAUGCCGCCACGGAGCAGUCCAGCAGCGUGCUGUGUAUCCUUCACCUGUCCCGAGCCCGGGCGGCACAGAGGGCGGCCGCGGCCUCCGAGGACUUCUGCAAGCGCCUGCGGCUUGGCAACUGCGCCCUGGAGGCUCUGGUGCUGCCUUUCUUUUGCGCGGUGUUUCCAGUGGAAACACCUGGUUGGAGUUGA